UGAGAACCAACGACGUCACGCAUCCCGUCCUCAGGACAGGUCGCGCGUCACCUUGACAAGGGUUGUAUCGUGGAAUGAGGAAAAGAAGAUCACACCAUCUGGACAGAAUACUUUAAGAUAUUAACUCUCAUCGAUAACAACUAUCAGUAAUGUGAAAAUUAGACAUAAAUUGACUGCAUCACAGAAUUUGAAAGAAACAGUUGUAAGUCAGGUCCAGUUUCAGAAUGUACCGCCAGUGCGCGAGUCUGGUGGAACGACACCGGUCAGAGCUGAGUUUCGCAUUGCUGUUGUCAGGCUAUGCGCUCUACCUGAUUCUUGGCGCAUGGGUCUUCUCCGCCGUUGAGCUUCCAUAUGAGCAACGGCUGCGCGAACAGCUGGAGACCGACCGGCAAAAGUUUCUCUGGGACAACGCGUGCGUGUCUGACGAAAGGCUCGAGGAGCUUCUGACCCGCGCGCUGCAUGCCAAUAACUACGGCGUGUCGGUGCUCGGUAACGCUAGUGAAAACAACUGGGACUUCAUCUCCUCUCUGUUCUUUACCAGCACAGUUCUAACCACCACGGGCUAUGGUCACACUGUACCACUGUCAGAUGGAGGAAAGGCAUUCUGUGUGUUCUACUCUCUCCUCGGAAUCCCCGUCACUCUCCUCUUCCUCUCUGCCCUGGUACAAAGAAUGAUGGUCCUGGUGACGCGCCGACCUGUGGCGUACCUUCACCUGCGAUGGGGAGUGUCCAAACCAAAGUUUGCCGCUGUCCAUGCGGCAUGUCUAUCCGUUGUUGCAGCACUGCUCCUCUUCCUCCUACCAGCGGUAGUGUUCUGCAGGCUGGAGCCUCUAUGGAGCUACCUGGAGUCCCUCUACUUCUGCUUCAUCUCACUUACUACAAUUGGCCUAGGAGACUAUGUACCUGGAGAGACUCACAAUGCCGUUCCCAACUCUCACCGCACGCUAUAUAAGCUGGCUAUUACACUGUACCUGUUGCUUGGCUUGGUGUGUCUGUUGGUGGUGGUGGAGACGUGUUGUGAGCUGCCACAGCUGAAGAGCUUCAGGAGGAGAUUCUACAGAGAAAAUAAUGCUCCAGAGUCAGAGACCAGAGACCAGGAGGAGUUUAGCAGCACAGAACAUGAUCAAAUGACUGACCACCUAACUGAUCAGCUGACCUUCUCCUCAGUGUCCGCCCAGGCCGCCUCCCUCCGCCAGGACAACACACCCUGGAACACACCCUGGCAAUAGCAUAAAAUAGAUACUUCACUGUGUAUUGAUGAAAAUGGAAAUGUGUCUUCUGCCUUAUGCCCCUCCUCCCACACACACACACGCACACACACACACACACACAAGGGGUUGAGGGGGUAUUGUAUGCCACUGUCUUGUGAGCAGGGUGGUUUUGGGUGCUCUACACUUCCUCAUUCAAACAAAUUAGCUAUACUGUUUGAAUGAGAGAUGUGUGGCUAACCAGUGUGUUGUGGGAUUGGCGAUUACUCUAGACCAGAAUCUCCCAAUCUCAGUCACUUUUUAAAAAAUAAAUCAAAAUAAAUUCAGGGAGCUUGCAUUUCAUGGGAGAUAGUCUCCCACAGCUAAAUAAUGCAAUUCAGUAAAGGUAUAGCUUGAGUGGUGGUGGCAUUGAUGGUACUGCCAGGGAGGGAGAAACAUCAGUCAGACAGGCCCAGAGUUUUGCAUCAGGCACCUCUGUGUCUGAAGUUCACAGCUACUCCUCUGUAGGUAGGCUGGAACAUCCACCACCAAAUGUGUAGUACCUACCUGGGUGAUGAUUCGGGAGAUAUAAGAGCCUGAGAGACCACCACACCACAGUCCACAUCCUUCCAGAAACAGGAGCAGGUGGAAUAAAAAGCUGGUGCUGUGUUGA